AUGCUACAGUUUCCUCGAGGUCAUGUCUUCACGGCUUUUUGUUUGAAUCUCAUUGGUUCUAUUUAUCGUAUCCGAAAAGAAUUUGAUAAUGCCCUCAAUUGUCAAUUGAAUGCAUUAGCUAUGCGCACAAGUCUUUUCCCGACGGGAACUCCUCAACCCUACUCUUCUUUAGGUUUGACUUAUCUAGAUAUGGGAAAAAAUGAAGAAGCAAUCGAAACCUUGAAGUUAGCAUGUCAUUAUUGGAAGGCUAAGUCAAGUGAACCAUCGAAUAUGUAUUUAAACUCUAUAGAAACGUAUCUUGCUACAGCUUACAGUCACAAUGGGCAGUUUGAAGAAGCGCAGGAAAUUUUCGAACGAGUUCUGCCUUUACAACGAAGCGCUCAUUCUCAUGGACAUCCUGACAUUGGAUUCACUCUUCACCAUAUGGCUUCAAAUUUGGUGCGAAUGAACGAUUACAUGAGAGGAAUGGCAUGUUAUCAGGAGAGCUUAAACAUACUAUUACAAUUUUUCAAAGAUGAUCAUUAUGAAGUACGAAUGGUUCGAGAGAAGAUGGAAACACUUUCGAUAUUGAUGGAAAAGAUUCAAACAGACGAAAUAACUUCAUAA